AUGGCAAAAGUGAAAUCUUCUAAAGCCAAGCAACAGCACUUGAAAGCCACUGUGUCACUGAAACUUAAACCAACCUAUAAAAAAGAACUGGAAAUUAGAUCUACCCUUCAGGAGCUGCUUAUCUACAUUAUUUUUCUAAUAGACAUAUGUAUAUUGACUUUUGGGAUGGUAAGCUCAAAUAUGUAUUACUUGAACAAGGUAAUAGCAACCCUCUUUUUGGAAACUUCUGUACCUGAGGAAGACAGAACCAACUUUAAGUCUAUUAGCACCAUAACUGAGUUUUGGAAGUUUAUGGAGGGACCCCUUUUGGAAGGUCUGUACUCUGAUUCAUGGUAUAAUGCAGAGGUUUUGUAUCAACUGAAAAACACCAGCCGCAUCUACUAUGAGAAUGUACUUCUAGGAGUCCCUCGAGUUCGACAGCUUAAAGUCCGAAACAACUCAUGCAUUGUCUAUCCAAAAUUUCAAUCUUUGAUGGAUGAAUGUUUUGACAGAUAUACUAUAAAAAAUGAAGAUCGAUCUGAUUUUGGCCCUAGACAGGUACCUGAAUGGAAGUAUUCUCCUUCUACAUCAUCUCUUAAGCACUGGGGAGUUUUUGGUGUUUAUGAUAAUGGAGGAUAUAUGUUCACUUUACCCGUAUCGAAGACUGAGGCCAAAAAGAAGUUUACUUUCCUUAAAUUGAACAGCUGGAUCACUAGAGGGACCAGGGUUAUUUUUAUUGAUUUUUCAUUGUACAAUGCUAAUGUAAACCUUUUUUGCGUCAUCAGACUAGUGGCAGAAUUCCCUGCAGUCGGAGGUGUGCUCACUUCGUGGAAUUUUUACUCUGUGAAGCUACUCAGAUAUGUUACUUACUUUGACUACUUUAUUGCUUCCUGUGAAAUCAUAUUUUGUAUCUUCAUUAUUAACUUCAUUGUUCAAGAAAUUAAAAAAAUGAAAGAAUAUAAAUAUGCCUAUUUCAAGAGUUUUUGGAAUUUACUGGAGUUGCUGCUUUUGUCGCUGUCCCUUUUGGCCAUUUCAAUCAAUAUAUUCCGUACAUCACAAGCAUACCAUUUACUUGGACAGUUACUAGAAAAAACUCAGGAAUAUCCUGACUUCUAUUUUCUUGCAUGCUGGCAAAUUCGUUACAAUGACAUGGUUGCUGUUAAUAUCUUCUUUGCAUGGAUUAAGAUAUUCAGAUUCAUAAGUUUUAAUAAGACAAUGUCGCAGCUGUCAACAACUCUCUCCCGCUGUGUCAAAGACAUUAUAGGAUUUGCCAUCAUGUUUUUUAUAAUAUUCUUUGCUUAUGCCCAGUUAGGAUAUCUUGUUUUCGGAUCACAGGUUGACGACUUUUCCACUUUUGAAAAUUCUAUAUUUACACAGUUUCGAAUUGUUCUGGGAGAUUUUAAUUUUGCCAACAUUGAGGCGGCCAAUUGGGUGCUGGGACCUACUUAUUUCAUCACUUUCAUCUUCUUUGUAUUCUUUGUCCUGCUGAACAUGUUCCUGGCAAUUAUUAAUGACGCCUAUUCUGAAGUGAAAACUGACUAUUCCAUUGGUAGGAGACAAGAAUCUGAGUUAGCAAACCAAAUCAAAACAAGAUAUACCAAGACCAUGGAGAAAUUAAAACUAAAGAAACCGCAAACAAAAGGCCAAAAAGUGAAAGAGGAAGACACAGCUUUCCAGCCCAGAAGAGAUUUUGAUGAAAAAGAAAUUGAAAGUGCAAAACAGAUGAAAAAGUGGAAAGAGAGGCUUGAGCAAAAAUAUUACUCUUCAGAAAUUCCAGAUGCUUAUCGGCCUGUCACACAACAAGAAUUUCGAGAUAGAGCUAGAGAAGGAAUUGCACUAUGUCAGUACAAAAUUAAACAGAGUGAUGAAAAGGAUUUCUGCUAGAAAAACAUGACAGAUGUGCAAGCAAAGGUGAGAUCAUACUAUGCCAUUACAUCAGCUUUCUUCUAUACUACUUUAUUUUAUCCUUUUUACUGCACUCCCACCUUUAAUCACCUUCGAUCUAAAUAGUUUAAAGAAUUCUAUUAAUAUUUAAUUAAUAGUAUCUAAUAAUCUAAUUAAUAUCUAAUAGUCUGGCUGUUUUUGAAGUCCUUGUCCUAUGAUCACAUCCUUCAGGAACACUCCUCGGUGGGAAUGCCAUUUGCCAAAUUUUAGGGGCAAGUAAUGUUAUGGCAAGAUUACAGAGCUCCUAGGAAGAGCUUGAGUUGAAUCCUGUUUUAUGUACAAGCUUUAUGACUCUGGGCAAGUCACUUAGUCUCUCAGACUCAAGUUUCCUCAUGAGUAAGAAGGGGAUACCAACACCUAUCUCACAGAAUUAUUUCUAGGAUCAAAAGUUAUUGCUAUUCUCCAUUAUGAACAAAGUAUUUUAUUAUCUUUAAAGGGAUUGUUGUGAAAAAGGAGGGUUAUAAAGAGUACUCAAGAGUCCAGUUGAUGAGACAGGAAGGAACAGCUGAAUAAAUAGGGCCAGAAAGAGCCAAUUCAAUUCUCUUUCAGUUAUAUCAUGUAUCAAUAUUUCUUAAGCCAUUGAUCUCAUAUAUUUACUUCUUAAUGCUCAGGACUCUAGAAAGCAACCAGAUAUUCAUAUACAAGUGUCUCAGCCACAUUUUACAGUUUGAUGAAUCUCCAGGCAAACACAAGUGUUAAGCAGCAUGUCCUACAUGGCAGUGUGACUAGUUUGAGAACACUUCAAUGCUAUUUCUUCAAAAAAUAUUAAAUUGUGUAUAUAUAAAAGACACCUGUGUGUGACAAUGUUUGAAAAGUAGAUUUGACUACUCCAAAAUCGUUCUGUUUCCCACCCCCACACCUAGUUUGUGGGGUAGUCCAUAUAUUCCCCCAUCUCCAAUCAAUCAGUAUUCUUUCAGUCUUCACAAUAUAUUCCACAAUCCUUCCCCCCACACACACACCUCUGCCCCUGCUCCCAGGAUCCUACGGCCAAAUUAAUUUGGGAAAAAUUAGUAUUAAAAUUCUCCCAAACCUAGAAACUCAUUUGGCCAGUUUAUAAAAGAUUACUUCUCAAAGCUCUUGAUUUGUAUGAUACUUGUUUGGUAAACUUCUUCCAAAGUUAAACAUACACUGAUUUUGUGGGUAAUGGUGGUAAGAGUCUCAGGACAUGGGUCACAUUGAGACUGAGCAGUUUUGUACCCCAUGGUGAGCAAUCAUAACUUUGCUAGAUGCAAAGUAGCCGUAUGGUACUUCUGAAGUCAUAAGAAAACUUCCACUCCCACCCCAGAAUUUUGUGACAAAGCACACAUAUAGCAUGUGGCUUAGGCUCUCCCAAAACAAUCCCCAGGAACUGGUAGGACCUUACUAUACUGCAGUUAUUUUUUUUUCCAAAGGCAUAAAUUUAACUUCUGAGUUUUUACAUACUGAGACUAGUCACUACUUUCAAGUUAUCAUUUUUAUAGCUGUUAAACAGCACUAGUCUAAAACCUCCAAUGAAGGUCAAUUCUACAACUACCAUCAAACCUUCUUUCUUUGGCCGAUUAAGGAGAGUUCUUUUGAUCUUCCAAGUCAAAUUCUUUUUCUAAAUUCUAACAGUUAAAAGAAGGCUGCAUACCUUCUUCCAAGAAAUCCACAGAGUGGAAUUUUUUCUUUCCACACCGCUGCCAUCAACCCCCAUUAUUGCUUAAGGCAACAAUCCUGCGCUAUAGGUUGUUGGUCUGGCUUAUUCAACCAAAAAUAAACUGAGCCAGAGCUUCAUGUCUGAGGACAUUAUAUGCCAAAGGAAUUCCAG